AUGUUGGUCGGCAAAGUCGCGCCGAUCCAACCCUCACACGUCGAGCAUGGCAAUGAAGUUGUCAGAAUCAUUGUCGGACCCCAGCAGGAAGAGUUCACCAUCCACAAGAACUUGAUCUGCGCAGCGUCAACAUUCUUCCAAACUGCGCUCACUGGCAAUUUCAUCGAAGGCGCCGAGCAGAAAGUCACCCUCUCAGAAGAAGACCCUCAGUAUCUUCAACUGGCAUACGACUGGUUGUACUCCGGUCGAGUCGCCGACGGGGUCACCACCUACCUUCAGAAAGAAGAUGUGUGCUCUGGAGAUAUCUUUUGGUGGAGAGUCUACCACUUGGGUGAUCGGCUCAUGAUGGACCAGCUACGCGUCCUUGCCGUCGCCAAGAUCCAAAACUUCUUUACCAUCCGCAAGCCAUUCGUCCCUAGCACGCAAUUCAUCGAAGAGCUGUUCGAUCAUGCCAAGUUGCCCUGCUUAGAGACUUACAUGGUCCAACCUGUGGUGUUCUGGCUGCAUAGCUCCGCGGAUGCCACGGUGUGGAGUGGACUGGCCGACGCACAUAUGAGAUUCGGCCAAGCGUUAGCGAAAGAGUCGAUCCUGGCUCUGAAAUACGAGCCCGUCCAUCCACACGAAGGCAAUGCUGCCCGCGGCUCCCAUUGCUAUCUGUCGCCGUGGGAGACCGCGGGAGUCAUGGUACAGCUGGAAGAGCACAAUCGCGGUGGUACUGAAAUCCGAGCCAAACACAUGCGUGGAGUUACUUCUCCGCUUCCAACGUCAAAUGUCCAAGCACUCACACAACCGCAGGACGAGCUAAAGUGA